GUUACCCGUAGCAACUGUACUGAACCCAUGCAGUCUCUAUACAGUGCAACCACAGUGGCUCAGCACGGCAGGACCCCCGAGUAACUCAAGCUUUGACCCCCGUUAGCUCUCGCUCCCGUACCGUUGCAUCGCGAAAUUCGGCGCGGCGCACGUACAGUACGAACAUUUACAUAGCGUUAAGCAUCGUAGAGGUUGACACACAUUUCUCGUUUACAUUUGUGGAAGAGUAAAUUUAAUCUGUGCCCUUGUAACAACUUCAAGAUGAUGGACAAACGUUCACUGUGACAUCAGAAACCGUGCUUAGAUACAUUUUUUGCUGGUGAAGAAGCUUCUGUGGAACCCUGUAAACAGCAAAGCUAGCCAUCUCAUCAAGCGUGAUAGUUUAUGAAACUUCGGAUCUUCCCCUGUGUUUUGCGCAAUCUUGUCGUGGUGGCCAUCAAGGUCUCUCCACUUUCAGCUAAAAUAGACAAGGUCUAGGUCAAGAUUGUGUACCGAUCUAUUCGUCUACCCACAAAUUCGGCUCUGAACGGAAUUACAUCUUUAGUUAUAAGUCAAACUCUGUUUUGAACUUCUUAUCAUGUAAACAUGGAACCUUAACCACGACCACGUUCAUCGGAUUGUGCUUGUGAAAGAAAUUCAAAAGGCAGAGCAAUGUUCACUUCGUCAAAAUGAAAGGUUACAAGAAAAGGAAAUACAGGGCGAUUAUACAAAACAAAAGAACUUUAUUAUCCAAUUCUGCAAAAAUACAUCGUUAGGGUAGCGGAGGUCGUUCCCAAGCAGAGCGAACCCCCCUCCCCCUGAUGAAGGGCCCCGCCCUUGCCAUGGAGAAAUACGAAAGCUUUGGCCUGGUUGGGGAGGGAAGCUACGGCCAGGUGCUGAAAUGCCGGCACAAGGAAACCAACCAGGUGGUCGCCAUCAAGAAGUUCCUCGAAGGAGAGGACGACAAGAUGGUCAAGAAGAUUGCCAUGAGAGAAGUCCGCAUGUUGAAGCAACUCCGACAUGAGAACCUGGUGAACCUGAUCGAGGUGUUUAGACGGAAGAAGCGUCUGUACCUGGUCUUUGAGUUCAUGGACCACACGGUCCUAGACGAGCUGGAGAAGUACCCCAUGGGUCUGGACGAGAGCCUGGUCCGGAAAUAUAUGUGGCAGAUCCUCAAAGGAAUCGAGUUCUGUCACAUCAACAAUAUUAUUCAUAGAGACAUCAAGCCAGAGAAUAUUCUGGUUUCCAAAUCCAAGGUGGUCAAACUCUGUGACUUUGGCUUUGCCCGGACGAUAGCCGGCCCGGGUGAAAUCUACACAGACUACGUAGCAACAAGGUGGUACAGAGCACCGGAGCUACUCGUGGGAGAUACCAAAUAUGGAAAAGCAAUAGACUUAUGGGCAGUUGGCUGCUUACAAGCUGAAAUGUUGACUGGUGAACCCCUCUUUCCUGGUGAUAGUGACAUUGAUCAACUCUAUCACAUCAUUAGGUGCUUUGGUACCCUGAUCCAGAGACACAAAGAGAUUUUCCUCAAGAACCCUCUCUUUGUUGGUAUGAGGUUACCGGAGGUCAAGAAUGUCGAACCCCUUGAGAAGAGGUUUCCUACACUCUCGGGUCUCUCCAUCUCAAUGAUGAAGAGCUGUCUACACUUAGACCCCGACCAGCGACCCACCUGCACACAGUUCUUGAAGCAUGAGUUCUUCAAGAAGGACGGAUUCUGCGACGUCUUCCCCUCCGAGCUCAGUCUCAAGGUCCAGAAGGAGUUUGAGGGGAAUCCCCUCCUCAAGUCUUUGCUUGGGGACGAAAAGGGAGACGAAGAGAAGAAACCCAAACACAGGAGUAAGAAGCAAUCAAGUAGUGAAAAGUUGGAGAGAGAACGAGAAAAGGAAAAGUCAAGAAAACGUCACUCAGAGACAGAGAAACUAAAGAGGUCAUCGACCCCACAAGGGAUGCGCACCAUGAAAGCAGCCCAAAGUAUGAUGUGAAGAAGAGUAACCCGUCAACAGUGGCCGAGUCACAGAAGAAGUCCUCCACCAUCGCCUCCACAUCCAACACGUCUGGUCCUUCCAUCCAAUCCAUCAGCUCGUCCAGCAAGCUUCCCCAGCACAUAGGGGGUCAUAACGGUCCCACCAACCACACCACCUCACACCCGUCAGGUCAGGGUUCAAGUCCCACCCAGACCACCAUCAACCUCACCAUGGGCAAUAUCACCUCCAACAAGUCCAACUUCACCUCCACCAAUAUGGCAGGUCCACCUCCAUUAAGACCCAAUGACAAGAUGACUAAGAAGUCCACCAACUCUUACUACAAGAAAGUUGGUGCGUCGGGCAGUGAGAAGACGAUGAUUCACGAGAAGACUCUCCAGUUUGAUGCCAUGAUGUCCAGCCAACGCAAA